AUGGCCGAAUCUGCACAUAAUCACGUUGGGGAUUGGAAAACUUUCAGUAGAAGACCAUUCAAGGCGCUUGGUCCGCGGUGGGACGUUUUUCCGUGGGGAGGAGGUGUUAGAAGGAAUAAGAUUGCUGAGAUUACGUCCAUAUUCUUUUCUGAGUUUCCGGAAUCACACUCAGGAAAAUCGUUCUUCGAGGUUUUUGGGUGUUUAGGGAAUGUGGUGGAGGUUGCAAUCUCGCCGAGGAAGAAUAAUUUGGGGAAGAAAUUUGGUUUUGUUAGGUUCGAAGAGGUUGAAGACGGUAGAUUGUUGGCGGUUCGUUGUGAUAAUGUGAUGAUUAUGGGGAAGAAAAUUCAUGCUAAUCUUCCGAGGUUUGAGCGGUCUAGUGCGAGGAAGGUGUCACCUACGGAGACCAAGUUUUCUCACAGACAAGGUCAAAUGUCGCAACAUCAUCGACCGGCGGCGGGAGUGCAUCCAGGCACCUCUGUUGGGUCACUGAAGAGGCGUUAUGUGGAGGUUUUGAAUGAAGGUUUGGUUAAGGGCAGCGAGAAGGGUUGCGAGAAGGUGGGUGAUAAUCCUGUGUUCUAUUUUACCUCUCAAGCAGAUAACAGGAAGAGGUUGGAGAAAGCUUACGUGGGGGUGGUGACGAUACCGGGUUCGACUUACAACAUUCGAUCUCACUUCAUGAUAGAGGGUGUCUUUGAUAUCAAGGUAACGCCUAUGGGGGGUAAUAUGUGUCUUUUAGAAGAGGAAGAGGAGGGUGUGAUUGAGGACUUAAUAGGGGAAGGCGAAACGUGGUGGAAACAAUGGUUCGCGGUAGUAAGAAGGUGGAAUGAGAAGGACAUUGACGACGACAGGGUCAUUUGGGUGAGCGUUUACGGUGUCCCGUUGCACGCGUGGUGUGUGGAUUUCUUCGUUAAGUUGGCUAACUCAAUGGGGGAAUUUAUCUGCGUGGAUGAAUCAAUGGCGGCGGGGUCCAAUUACGACACAGCUAGAUUUAUGGCGAGAGUCAAACUAACACAUGAAUUGAUGAAGUUUAUGAUCGUGCAGAUCGACGGGAAGGAAGUUUCGUUGGUGCUAAGGGAAGACGCAAUUGGCUCGAUUCGAAAUAUUUCAGUCUCGUCUGGCAGUAACUCGUUGAUAGGGGAUUGUUGUGUUCCAAAGGAGACGACACCCAUUCUUGUUCCUUUAGCUUCUGAUGUAGAAAGGAUGAGGUCAGUCGAUGAUCCCAUAAUCCAACUGUCGGUUUCUUGCAGCGAAACGGUGAAGGAGUUUGGGUCGGCAGUCAGGCCCCUGUUUGAUUCGAAUCAGAAGGAGGAUAGUUGUUUAGUUUCGAGGAGCUUGGCUAGGAGCGGUGGGAGCAGAAAUACAGGUUCUUUUGAUUUGGCUCUUAUUUCUCUAAAGGAGAGGGGUAGUGUUGGAAAGGGGCUGAGGCAGAUAUCGAUGGGAGAUAGUGAGGACAGAAGUUUUGUGUUUGUCACAGAAGAUGGCAUUGAAACAGUGGGUCUGUGUUCCCUUGGGGUGCUUGGGAGUAAUUUUAAGCAUAAAAAAUUGAAAUUUAAAAGUCUGUCAGAGAUUGGAGUGGUGAAAGGAGGUUCCAAGGCUGGCAGAGGUAGUAAGGGAGUGGUUUUGAAAUCUCAAGGCAAAAGAAACAAGGCUGGGGUUAAGAAGACGGGGAAAAAGGAGUGCAGUACUGAGGUUUAUGGUGUUCAUAAAGAGGAUUCGAAUAUAAGGAGGAGUAAUAGUAGGCAAUGGGAUUUCAUUAAUGGGGAUGUGGGGGAAAAGCUUUGGGAGGCCAUUGUAGCAUUGGGGGUUGCCGAGACGGAAGGAAGGGAAUUUUUGUUAAGAAGGAUUGAGAAACUUGAGAGUUAUAGCAGUGUGAGGAUGGUAGAGAGGAAGGAGUCUUCAAAAAAGUUGACAUGA